GUUAGCGAUUCUGUAAACUUUUUUAUGGGGUUAUGUUAUCCUUCACGCAUAUUUGUGUUUGCAUGCUUCACAGCUGGACCUCAGUAUGAGUAACAUUCAUCAUGGCGUAAAACAUCACAUUUUAACAAUGCUGUGUGCUUCCUCGAUGAAGUUGUUGAUGUGUGUGCCACAUCACACUCAUUUCUUCAACGUUUUGGAGAUGGAAGGUUGAGAGUUAUGCUUGUUUUUAUGGAUAAUGGAAGCCCCUGGAGAAACACGUCUUUAGAAUGGUGGAGGAAACCGGAGUGAUUUCUGCACAGAAGGCACCCCAGCCGAGAACUGAACUGCAGAAUCUUUUGCUGUAAGGUGACAACGCAAAAUGCUGCACAGACACGCCAGGAGGCAAUUUUAGCGAUGACCGCUCAGCUGUCCAGAUGUUUAUUUCAGUGCUGGUUUGACAAAUUAUGGAGAACUGAAAUCUGCCACUAAUGGCAGACAAUAGACUGAAGGAUUUCAUACCAUUCAGAAAAUACAUUCAAAGCAAAACCUGUUGCAUCAACUUUCUAAAUUUAUGAAAGUAACUUAAAAUAAAUUUGAUUUGGGGGCUUUUUGUCCAUCUCCGUAUUACUUUUGAUUUAGUGAGGAAUGCUGCAAUGCAUGUUGUUAGGCAGCCUUUUAAUUUUUUUUUUUGCACUGGAGUCUUGGCAAGUACAGCCUACUGUCUGACUCGUGCAAUUUGCAGAACAUGUUACUCCUCCUGUUUACAUUAACAACGUAAACUACGCCAGUCAUGUGUACUGAGUGCCUGCCGCCUCCAUUGAUUGGAUUAAGAAAGUGGAAGUUAAAUCUUUUUGGUGCUGUUUUGCUGUUUACUACUACCAGCACUCUGUAGGUUGAGAUAACGUGGAAUGUGGAGAAGUUGCAGAAAGAUUUUUUUCAGUGUUAAGCGGCCGGCAUGGCACCCAAAAUAGAGAAGUUUUGCAGUCCUGGGAAAGGAAAUGGUUUGCGUACUGUGUGUAGAGUUUCUGCAGGGGAAUUACUAUAUACUGCAGUACCGUUUGCUUAUACUGUAUCAAAGGAAGGCAGAGGACUCGUUUGUGAGUUUUGUUUUGCUAAGAAACAAGGACUGCUUCGCUGCUCCCGGUGCAAAUUUGUAAGCUACUGUGAUACAUCCUGUCAGAAGCAGGCCUGGCAGGACCACAAAAGGGAGUGUUUGUGCCUUAAAAGUGUUUCUCCCAGUGUACCCACUGACUCGGUCAGGCUUGUGGGCCGCAUUAUUUUUAAAGUAUUGAGACAGUCCUCUUGUUUAUCAGAGGAGUUGUAUUCACUGAGAGAUCUUGAGUCGAAUAUAAGUAGGAUAAGUGAAGAAAUGAAAGAAGGCAUCAUGAGCCUUGCAGUAAUGCUAAACUUGUAUUUGAAGGAAGAAGUUAAGGACGUUUCCCGAUUACUGCCUACUUUAGACAUUUUAGAUCUGUUUGCUAAAGUUUCCUGCAACUGUUUCUCCAUCUAUGAUGGAGAGAUGCAAGAUGUUGGCGUUGGUCUUUAUCCAAGUAUGGCCUUGUUGAAUCAUAGUUGUGAUCCAAACUGUGUUAUAGUUUUCAAUGGAAGUCAGCUGCUGCUUCAUUCUGUUUGUGAAAUCCAGGCUGGCGAGGAGCUCACCAUUGCCUAUAUUGACUUGAUAGCGCCAAGCUUUGACCGUAAUAAAGAGCUAUUAAAACGUUACUGCUUUAUAUGUGACUGUCAUCGUUGUCAAACGCAAGAUAAAGAUACUGAAAUGUUAAUGGGAGUUGUUGAAAUAUGUAGAGAAGUCCAGGCUUCCAUCACUACAGUGGAAAACCUAAAGUCCAGGAAAGACUGGGUGCAGGUGCUUGCUGUGUGUCGAACCAUGAUUAAAAGAAGUGACGGUGCCCUUCCUGAUGCAAACAUUUAUAAGAUGAAACUUCUUGAUUAUGCAAUGGAUGCCAGUAUUAAUAUUUGUAAAUGGGAUGAAGCUUUACAGUAUGGGUGCAGGACACUUGAGCCAUAUAAAUUGUAUUGUGGUUGUCAUCCUGUGCGUGCUGUUCAGCUAAUGAAACUUGGGAAGCUGCUGAUGUACCAGGGGAUGUUGUGUAAAGCUUCAGACAUGUUGAUAGAAGCCUUUGAGGUUAUGAAGGUGACUCAUGGCAGAGAACAUUCCUUGACAAAGGAACUGUACCAGUUGUUGUUUGACUGUGAGACUGAAAUGGGAUUAGCACUUUGACUCAGUGCUGCUACUGUAGCUUGUCCUUUUUUUUUGGACUGCUCUGUUAUAGUUCAGAGGCGAAGUGGUUUCAAGAGGGAUGACCUUUUUGUACAAUUCUUGUCUUGUCUGUUUGAAAUCUGUUUGUUUCUACAAAGCUAAUUCUGUGAUUUAUAUGAUUUAUUUCACUUUCCUUCAGCAGGGCAGCCAGUACAGGAACAGUGAAAUUGGAUUUAUGCAAUAUUGCACGUUGUGAGAUGAUGAAGCAUGAUCUGUACGAUUUCACAAAUACUACUUUUGUUACCCAGCAGACAUUUAAUCGUCUCUAUCUCCUGUCCUAAACAAUUUCUCCUUGACCUCAA